CUCGAUGAAAGCCUCUUUUUGUCGUCUGCCCAAGACACGGCAUCGGCUAGGUAAACGGACUAUGUCGACGUGAUGCGUCUAUAUAAUAUCACGAAGUCAUAGAGGCUGGAGUCCUGCCUACGUGAUGCGUACUACAUCAACACAGUAUAUGACAUCGUUAGCUCUGGGUUCUGUACGAACUUACAAUUGCGAAGAUGGAGACAAAGAAAGCAUGAGUACACGAGUGACACCCAUAAUACACGGUUUGAGGAAUCGAAUCGACUCAGCUUUGUGGAACAAACUGCGCAAUAUGCUGAUGUUUCGUUGUUGCAUCGUGUCAAACUAUCCUCCAGUUGGCCGAAACCGUCCAUCGGCCGGUAGCAGUGGCAACAGCACCCGCACCCGUUAUCCUCUCGACCGACUCUCCUCAGUCUUCCCGUUUAUGUUUAUCAGACCAUAUCGUAUUGUCGAUGUGUCCAACAAUGAGAUCUAUGACGGACCUGGGCACAGGGUCGCUGGGAACGAAAUCCGGAGUGGACGACCGCUUUUCCGCGACACAGUCAUCAUCAGGGCUCAUGGAAGUGGUGGAUUGCCCUGAAGCGGUGUUUGAUGACGAACCAGAUGGUCCGGAAUAUUAAGAUUGCCCAUGCUGACACGCAAUUCAAAGUUGUCCCAUUCUUCGGUACAGCGGUGGAACGCCUGUACCAUUCGAGAAAUCUUAUCUCCAUUGAGCUUCGGAUUGUUGAGCCAUUUUCGUGGACCUUCGAGCAUGACUGCGUAAUUGCGCAUCCCAAAAAUCGGGGCCGACGAGAAUUCAUCCCUUCAUCGAGUAGGAGUCGAGCGCCAGGCUCUCCAGUCAAGAACUCCCCCGCCAUGU